AUGGAAACGGAGUAUUUGUAUGCGCUAAAAUUCAUACGUAAAUUACAAGAUCCCGUUCCUCAAUAUGUAUUAGGAUGCCUACCAGCUAUCGCAACAAUAGGGGUUGCUCCUUGGGAUGAUUUCAUGGAAAAGUUAAUAUGGUUAGCACGAUGUCUUGGCUGUCCAUUCACGGGAUUAUUUUACACCUGCUGCGUAAAGAGUGAUGAGACAUCAUUGUGCGCUUAUUGGCUUCCUUCAAAAAGUUUUAUUAGGAAUGAUGAAAACUCGACAACAUCAAUCACUUACAGACCUUUCGGAGUAUACGCCAUGAACAUUGAACAGUCGGAACAUAUAAAAGCAUGUGUCGCCAAGGCAUCCGUACUAGAAAGGUUGUCGUCGUUGGCGUCGUUAUACUAUAUAAUAAUUGGUAUAAUUUCUGGAAUAUCAAGGGUGGCAGGACCGACGAUCUGUGAUGAAUAUUGGCCAAGUAUUCCGUUAGCUUUAUCUUGGACAUUACCUGCAAUAUAUAGGAGAACGAUUCGGAAUAAUCUAGUUGCUUUCGAUCCUGAUAAAAUAUUAGGAAACCAUCAAAUAACCGUAAACAUACUCGAUUAUAAUAAGUCUAACCAUUACGCCCGCGUUGCAUUCACUGCUCUAGUGUCAAUAGUAGUACCUUGGUGUCUUGGCACUUUUGAGCCACUUGAAGGGAGAAAAAAGCGCUUGCUAAGCAAUCAGAGUACAUGGUGGGUAGGCCUGUUCGGUAAAACUUGUGAUAUUUCGAGCGCAUGCCCAGUUGCUUUUUGA